CAUGAAUUGUACACCGUCAGAAACAUGAGAAUGCGAAGCAAUGAAGUCAGUCAUAAGAUUGCGUGCUUUGACAUUGAGACUGGGUUAUUUUCCGGAGACUUUCCGGGUUUUCAAUUGGCCCGGCUGACGUAACAGCCCUGCACAACACAUCUGAGAGCUACCAUGAUAUAAUAUCAAUACUACAUAUUAACCUGCGUACAGCAAUUAAACAAUAAAACAAGAGGCACAACCGCGAAUAAGUUCCGCCCAAACCACCGAGCAUAAAGACUGGAACAAAAGAACAACACUUACCAUGGUGCCUAAGAAACAAGACCGUCAAUAUGGAAUCGUCCUCGUCGGCGCCACUGGUUAUACUGGCGCCUUGACAGCGGAGCAUAUUGUCCAACACCUGCCUACAAAUCUUCGGUGGGCAAUUGCGGGCAGAUCGAAGGAAAAGCUUGAUGGCCUUGCAGCGAGAUUGAGGGAGUUGGCACCGGACAGGGUCCAGCCUGCGAUUGAGAUUGUCUCACUAGAUCGUCACGAUCAACUCAAUACUGUUCUACUAAAAUCGAACGUCUGUAUCAGCGUUGUGUCCUAUGGGCGUGUAGGAACCCAGGUGAUAGAAGCUUGCAUCGAGAACAGGACGGACUAUAUAGAUACUUUUAGUGGUAUCGCGCAGCUCAAGCAAUGGGUUUCACAGUACCAGAAAAGAGCGGAAGCCGCUGGCGUUGCUCUCAUUCAUAGCUGCGGUGCAUUCAGCGCACCACAGGAUCUAUUGACCUGGCUUGCUGUCCGUGCAUUGAAACAGCAAACCGGGCUACCCACGAAGGAAGUCAUUUUAUCUUUCAAGAAAAUGACACUCAGCCCCAGCGGCGGGACCGCGAAUGCGAUUCUCAGCAAGCCAAAUUUCGAUGCGAAAACUAUUGCGGAAUCACAUGACCCGUGGUACCUGUCGCCUGUCCGGGGUACUGCCAUCCAGAACCCGAUUAACUUCUUUGGAAUUAGGAAAGAGCCCUAUCUUGGUGUUCUCGUUGCAAGCGCGUACGGUGCUAGAGGUGAUCGUGCUGUUGUGCAUAGGACAUGGGGCCUAUUGCAAGGCGGAAAGGAAUAUGGAGCUAACUUCCACUUCAACGAGUAUAACAGCGCAUCUUCAACUUUGCACGGCUUAUGGAAAAUGCUGAAUGUUGUUUUGCUCGGCUUGCUUCUGUCGGUGAAGCCCUUAGCAAGGCUGUUUCUCCCUCAAGAGGGGGAUGGGCCGGAUCUGGAGGCUACUAGGCAUGCGCCGGCAGAGCUGGAGGCUGUGGCUAUCGCGGAUGGGGACGAGACCAAGAAGGCAUUCGCGCGCUUCAAAUUUCUGGGCGGUUCGUAUUACGUGACAGGUGCGGUUCUGGCGCAGGGUGCUGCAAGUCUGUUGUACACAAGGCAUUUAGAAGGUGGGUAUGAGGGAGGGAAUUUAACGCCAGCGUUCUUGGGAGAGGACUUCGCGGAGAGAUUGAGAGGGGCCGGGGCAGAGAUCGAGGUAGGACUUCUGUGACGGGCUAACAGAUAGACUCUACCACAGUACGAUAAUCUGUUGCUUGUAACUUUCAGAAAGCCAGUUUAAAUCUCACGCUGUUGAGUACUGUACAUUGGUGCGGAAGAAGCUUGAUUGGAAAGUCAAAAACAUACUUGUA